CAUCUCCGAUCGCUCCUCCUCCACAGCACGCACGCACGCGAUGAAGCUCCCAGCGAUUGUUCCGCUCGCCUGCGCCAUCCUCCUCCUCCUCGUCAAUCUCAAUGUUUCUCCCGUGGAGUCGUCUCGGCCGCACCCACCCGGACAGGGGCACCACCACGACCACGACCAUGACCAUGAUCGGGACGGCCACGACCAUGAUCGGCACGGCAGGCACCACCACGACCAUGAUGACUACGACGGGUACAGCUUCUACGUGUUCGGCGACUCCUUUGCUGACAACGGCAACCUGCCCCAUAAGGAUGGAGUGUUGUCUCCGAUGACGCGCCAGUGGUACACGCCCUACAGUGGCACCGGCCGCUUCUCCAAUGGAAAUGUUCAAUCCGACUUCAUCGCCAACAUGUUGGGGCAGUCUGGAUCCCCUCCUGCGCGCAGGCUCCACGACCCCGCCGGUCGGGAAGGCAUGAACUUCGCCGCCGGUGGCUCCGGCGUGUUCCAGGUAUCAGGCACCAAGACCCUCCACAAGCAGGUGCACAUCUUCAAGAGGCUUGUCAGGCAGGGAGAUAUCGACCAAGAGAACCUUGGCAAUUCCGUCGCACUUGUCGCCGUCUCCGGGAACGACUACAACCAUAUCGGCGUCGACACCAGCGGCUUUGCUGACAUCACGGCUUUCGUGGACAACGUGACGACGGAGAUCCAGGCAAACGUGAAGGAUCUACUAGAAGCCGGCGUGCAGAAGGUGCUCGUCAACAACCUCUUCCCUCUGGGCUGCGCGCCGUCGCAGACCAAACCCAACCACACCGAGUGCAACGAUCAGGCCAACCAAGGCGCCUCCCUCCACAACCGCUACCUCAGCGCCAAGCUCGCCGACAUGGACAACGUCCGCGUGCUCGACCUCAACGCCGCCUUCAACACGAUCCUCGCGCACCACGCCGACGGCAGAGGCGCCGUGGCCAAGCAGUUCGGGCGCAAGCUGAGGCCGUGCUGCGAGCCUGCGGACGACCGCAGCUACUGCGGGCUCACCGUAUGGGACACCAACGGCGUCGACAUGGUUGAUAGUUACCAGGUGUGCCCCGAGCCGGAGAGGGCUUUCUUCUGGGACGAGAUGAACCCGACCAACGCUGGGUGGGCGGCCGUCAUGGGGCAGCUCGAGAGCAGCAUCAAGGAGUUCCUAGGCCUAGAUUCGUAGAUUAGAUUUGAACAAGAGUUAGUUGCAUCGUUUUUGUUCCUUUUUAGUCGAUCGCCUUGAUUAGCUUAUUACUCUUCCAUGCAUGCGCCUGUGCGUGUAUGGCAAUCGAGAUCUGUUAGGGUUUUAGGAUUAUUAUUUUUGAUCGUGUUACGGUUGAGUGAUCGAACGUCUCGUUCGUUGGUGAUGAAUUGAAUCCGCGAA